AGGUUAGGACAGUCCCCAUGGACUAGUCAAGCCAUUGCUCCAGGUCCACGGGCUGCUGAUCGGUCAACACACUCUUCAACCGACCCUGACGACCGCCGGCACCACCGAUAGUCACCUCCAAAAUCCACCAUGUCGACACCACAACCACCCGCCCGGGACCAAGGGCCCGCGGACUCAACCCCUCCAUGGGUUCAAGGAACAAACGCACCUCCUCCAUCCACCUUCCAGUUCUCGACCCAACAACCUCCUGAAAUACAGCAACCCCAACAACCAGGGGCCAAACCCCGCCCUCGGCAGCCAACAUUAACCGAAGCCGUACAAACCAUCAAACCCUCCGACUUUUUAACUUUCCACCAAGCGCCAUGCUCACGCACCGGCCUGCUGACGGGCAUCGGCACGGGCGCAGCCGUCGGCGUCAUGCGUUGGAUCAUGGGCUUGCCGAUCCCCAGGGCGGCCAACUGGGCGGUGGGGACGGGGGCGCUGGCCGCUAUGGGGCAGUACGAGUACUGCCAAUUCCGCAGGCGGCAGGAGCGGGAGAAGGUGAAGCGCGUCGUCGAGGUGUACGCGGCAAAGCAGGCGCGGGAGAAGAGGGAGAAGGAGGAGGCGGAGAGGAAGGAAAGGGAGCGGAUAGCGAAGGAGGAGGAGGAGAGGAGAAGGACGUCGUGGUGGAGAUUUUGGUAGGAAAGAGUCCGGCUACGGCACAGGGAGCCAUUGGGGGAGAGUGUAUCAUAGGGGGAUGUAGGAUACCAUCUGUUCUAAUGCCAUAAGUGUCGACCAUUCGGAGAAGGUUCUCUCACCGUCACGAAGUUCGCUGUUUCGGGGCUGACAGAGUUUUGGGACUAGUGAAGGAGAGAUGCAAAGGAAGGUGGGUUCCAGACCCUCUACCUGCCAACAACCCUGCUCCGAGUCUGAGCCUAAAGGAGAUCACCCAGUUGCUUUCAGACUGUCUC